UAGGAAUAGGGAUAGACUGUCCAAAAUAUGUUUCUAUGCUUCUUUAUUAAAGUAUAAAAGGCCGGAAGUAGUCCCAUCAUACAUCACGAGCUGUGCUUCCACAUCCAUGUUCACCUGUAAGAGGCGCUAAACACUCACUCCGAGCUAAACGUUUCGCAAUUCUCCUGGUUUGUCCCUCACUGUAUUCCGUAGUCAUUCUAAAAAAACAUGGCAUCGCACACAAGUAAGGUAGUUCUGUUCGUAGGUCGAAUAAAUGUUUCUGGUCUUGGACUUCAGAAACCUGUGAGCAGAGUCACAUACACGACCAGUUUCUUUGCAAAUUCUUCUGGUGGAAAGAAAGGCCGUUUUGAUAAGGAUGGUCAAGGAUUCGUUAAAAGACCCAGGAGAGCUCCAGCGCAGCCCAGGACAGAAAAGAUGCCGGUGGAUCAGGACUGGACUUCCGUUUUUCCAACAGCGACCACCUUCAGACCAAGCUCUGUCCCCCUGCCUCUGCGGAUGGGCUACCCUAUGAAGGGAGCCGUUCCUCUACCGAAGAUGGGCAACUUGGAGCUGAUCAAGAUACCAAACUUUCUGCAUUUGACACCAGGAGCCAUCAAGAAACAUUGUGAAGCUCUGAAAUCGUUCUGUACAGAGUGGCCCUCUGUGUUGGAUACGGAUGCCAAAUGUGACGAGCACUUCCCCAUCAAAGUAGAAAGCACAGACUACGUGUCUGCCGGCCCGUCUGUGAGAAACCCUUCAGCUCGUAUUGUUCAUCUCAAAGUGAAACUGUCCCACUUUAAUCUGGAUGACCAUGCACGCAAGAAAAUGAUCAAACUUGUUGGAGCGAGAUACUGCAAAGACACUGAUAUCCUCAGCAUGACAGCGGACAGCUGCCCAUUGAGACAGCAGAACUAUGAAUAUGCCCUGUACCUGCUGACCGUCCUUUACCACGAGUCUUGGAAAACGGAGGACUGGGAGGCCGAGAAGAGUUUGGCAGACAUGGAGGAGUACAGCUGGGAGGACAGCCCGUCCCAAAAGAACAUGUUGGAUAUUCUAGUACGCAUGAAAGUGGCCGGGGAAGAAGAAGAAGGCGAGGAAGUGCGAGAGCAGCUGCUGGGAAAAAGCGAGGUGCAGGAGUACAAGGACUCAGUCAUGAAGUUGAAGAAUGAAGGAAUGAACGAGCGCACCAUGCUGCAGUACAAAGAGGCUGUCGUCAAAGUGCUCAACCUGUAACGCAGCGUCGUGUGCAAAUGUAUUUACAUGAAGAUGGUGAUCAAAAGCAGCAGGGACCAGAAAAACAUUAAAUACUUGUGGCCUCAUCUAUCCUUUUGGACUCCAUCUAUGCACCAGUAACACAAAGAAGAGAUUACUGUUCCAUUGUACAAGAGGACAUUACAUCUAAUGUAUUUAUUUUCCAAAAUACUGUCAUAUUAGGUGUAUCAUGCUGUCUUUAAUACAAAUACAAAUAAAAGCCUCAUCUAAGCUG